UGCCGCUUAUCGCUUUACGACAUUGUUGCCAGCUAUCUUUUCUUCCUCUGAAAUGAACGUAUUAUAUAGAUUAUCCAUUAUUCCGUUCAAAACAGACUUGCCUUCGUAAUAACUGGCAUUUUUCAUAACACUUGCAGUUGAGUAUUCCGUAUUCAAAGUUUUGAAAGUGUCCUGCAGAACUGUGCAAAUUUGUGUUGUGCUAUCGUUGUGGUACCUGUGAAAGCUCUUCAUUCUUAGGAUUUUAUAUUCUCCGGAAAUAAAUACAACAGUAACACGAGAACUUUCUCCAGUUUCCUGGAAUUCGAAAGCAUUUAGCUAGCAUAGAUUUCUGGGAAUUGAGCGUGGAAGAAAUAGCUGAGCGCGAAAACAAGAAAGGUUGGAAAUUGUUUUUUGCAUUAUGAUCCAGCCCUUAUAGCUUGCUUCAUCUCAUAAUUUGACAAUGAAGAGCAAUAGCAGGAUUAUAAAUGGUUCUUCUCAGAUUUCCAAGAAAGGUGCGUCAAACAUGGCUAAAUCAGCAAGCCAAUAUAAAGCAAGGACUAAUUUUCUGCUUGAGCACUUAGCCUCUUCCACCAUCAGAACAAGCCAAGAUGCUCAGAAAUCAGCCAAAGAACGACUUUCUGAGACUAAGGAAUUGUUAGCCAAAGGAAACUUGUGGACUAAAGAGAUGGAGAUGAGACUGACAGACAAUGAUGUUGUGUUGUUAGAUGGAGAAACGCAGGAUGUAAUAGAGGUUUAUCCACUCUCAAGUAUAAACGUCGUUGAACAUCUUAGUGAUGAUUUAGAUUUAAACAGUGUAUUGCUGUUUACAACACAACAGACAGAAAACAAGUAUGCUGCUACACAUCUCUUCCAGUCUGACAGAGUGCCUGCUGCAGUUGUUGCAACAGAAAUCAUGAAAGCAGCAAGCAGCAAACAAGCUAUGCCUAGCAGACUCCAGGCCAAUAAAAAUGGUCCAUCACUACCACCUCCACCAUCAUAUGCCGCACCUCAACCACCUUCUCUGGAUAAAGAGCGCAUGGAUCUAUAUGAGAGGUCACUUGUUGCACAGACUAUUGCUGCAUUCUCAGCACAAUCCAAUGAAAAUCUAAGCAGACCAGGAAAAACACCCAAAUUCAGCCAGGGAGAGGGUGAUGGCGUUGAAGAAUCUGUGCCAUUAGAUGUGCUUGAAGCAAGGACCAACAGGGACGUGCAAAUCCUCAAUCACUGCAUUGAUGACAUUGAAAAUCUAGUGUGGAGGACAAAGAAAUCUGCUGAAGCCUGGAAAAAGCUACAGAAAAAGAAAGGCAAGAUAAAACCAGAUAAUCUUCUUGCCAUGGAAGCCAGACCUCCCCCUGAGAGUGACUUUAUAGAUGCAUUUCAGAAAUUCAAGUAUGCAUUCAACCUCCUGGGAAGACUUCGACCUCAUAUUCACAAUCCCAAUGCAGCAGAAUUGAUUCAUUAUUUGUUUGUUCCUUUGUCUCUUCUUGUCAGAUGUACCAAUGGUCCUGAAAAAGCCAGAUCUGUUGUAUCCCCCUUACUGUCUACACAAGCUGUUGAACUACUACAAAACUGUUUAUCAUCUAAAGAAAUGGAGUUAUGGUCUGCUCUUGGCCCAAACUGGACAGAGACUAAGCACUCAAAGCACUUCAAAGAUCAGUUUAUCCCUCCUUAUGCACCAGUGUUUAAGGAUGGCUGGGUGCCUCCUGAAUAUGUUGGUAGUAAAGAUAUACCAGCUAAUAUCUCUGCCGCUGUAGCUGCUAAUGCUGCUGCUGUUGCUCAGAUGAAUGACCAACAGAAGAGGACAGAUGAUUCAGAACCAACAAGUCCAACAGUGUUGACAGCUGCUGCCAAAUUUAGACGACUUGCAAGUAAACAAGACAGCAAUCAUUACAGUGCAGCUCCAAGCAAAGCUAUCUUUAGGAGAAGUUACAUCCAGUAUGAUUUCACUGCUAGGAACUCUAAAGAGCUGUCAGUCAAACAGGGAGAUGAAGUAGCUAUACUGGAUGACAGUCGGAAAUGGUGGUGUGUGAGGAAUUCAGAUGGGGAGAUUGGUUUCAUUCCUAAUACAAUAAUAGAAUCAAAAGGGGUUGAAAACCAGGGAAACACUGCCACUUCUUCAGUGACUACUCAAGCAUCGUAUCUGCCAAGUCCUCCUUCUACUGCCCCUCCACCAAUACCAAGCAUGUCUGUUACAGACAUACAGAUUAAGAAAGCUGAGACAACAGAGACUAGUUCAGUCAACCUAGAGAACAGAAAAGUACCAUUUGUGGAACUCAGACAUGUCAGCGUCAACAAGAACGAAGAGGAUAUUGGACCAAAACCUCCCCCACCCCCUCCUAUGAGCCCUCCUCCACCAACCCCUCCCCCCUCAACUGCUACUGUGACAGCAACCAAAGUGACUGUCAACAGAACAGAAAAUAGUGAGCAGCCACCUAGCGAUUUCCAAAAAGCCAUCCUCAAUGGAGGUAAUCUGAAAAAGGUAAACAAAGAAGCUAUACAAAAGAAGAAGGAAGAAGAAAAAGAGAAAAGAAUGAGUUCAGCAGACAUGUUAACGGAUGAGUUAAAGCGCAGGAUGACUCAUGGUGCUCUUACACCCCAUGUAGUUCAUAAAACAGAACAAAUAGAGCCUGUUGUGCUUAAUCCUGAUUCUGGGACACAUGAAGUACGAGAUUGGCUGAAGAGCAAAAACUUUAGUCAAGCUUGUGUCCAGGCAUUAGCUUGGAAGUCCGCUAAGGAUCUGGAAAAGAUGAGUAAAGAUGAGUUAAAGAGAACAUGUGGAGGAGCAGAAGGUGCUCRUGUCUAUAGUCAGUUUGCUGUCCUGUGCUCACAGUGGAAGACAACGUCAAAAGGAAACGAACUUCAGUUCAUUAUGCAACGUCGUAAAGAAAUGGUAGAUGUAACCACACCAAAAGACCCCACAGAGGAAGGUAAACUCAGAAACAUUGUAGCAGAAGCACGAGCUGCGGAAUUAGAAGGUGUCAAUAUAGAAACCGAAGGGGUAAAACGAAAUUCAUAUUCUGGCAAGAAACCUGUGAUGGUAGCCAUUCCACAAGAAAGACCCCAUCCACAAAAUAUGGUCAUAGAAGCAAAAGUAAAGCCAGAAAGACCUCGUUCUGACAGUAACAAAAUUCCCCCACCCACUAGGAGAAAGUCUAGAGGUUUAUCAUUUGGCAGUGAACAGUUUAUUCCUCCACCACCUGCAGACUACAAUGACAAGGAUAUAGCAAUGACUCCUGAACAAAUUGAUGCAAUCUUGAAAGAACAGAAAAAACAACAAGAACUACUCAUGGAGCAUGAGAAGCAGUUUGCUCUCUUGGAACGACUUAACAUCCAAAAAAAAGAGCUUGAAGAACAUAAAAGAGAGUAUGAAGAACAUCAAAUGAGACAACGUCAGGCAGAAUUAGAGGAAAGGCAGAAAGAACUUGAGAAGCAAAUCAAGGCUCAACAAGCGGAAAUGCAAGCCAAUCAGUCACGCAUUCUGCAGCAGAAUAGCUAUAUGACUGGUAUGACUGGUAUGAGCAAUAUGAUGAUGCCCCAGCGGCAAAUCCCUAUGAUGACGCCACAGGUUCAGAUGAUACCUGUCAGUGGAAUGCCUUCUCAACCUGCUUACAUGUCAGUAGCACCCAUGGCACAAGGAAUGCAACCCAUGAUGGGUUAUACGCACGGACUACCUCAAGGCACCAUACCUCAAAUGGUACCCUUCAAUCCCAUAAUACACCAGUAACCAACCACCCAUAUUCGUAACAAAGGGUGGUAGACAAAUGAACUUUGUUGAAAUAAUUUUCAUAUUUUUCUAGUUUGGAAAAACUUUAGGGACACGACUUCAUCGUAAUGAAGCACGGCAAAGCAGUAGUUUAUAGUAAAGCAUAUGAUUUGUGCUAAUAGCUAUUUGUAUCGUCUUGAUUAUAACACAAACUGAACAUUAUAUACUACAUGGCAUACUACAUGGUAUACUACAUGGUAUACUACAUGGCAUACUACAUGGCAUACU